CUCUCUCCUGUGACCUUAUCAAUUCUCCAGAAGUCGUUCUGGCCUCCAAUUUUCAAGAUGCUAAAUUGAAUUUACCAGAAGAUUAUAAUAUUCCUUACAUGGUCUACCUGCAGUCCAGCCCUGAGCCCUGUGUGGGGUCUCUCAUUCACCCUGAAUGGGUGCUGACAGCAGCUCACUGCCCCUCACCCAAUAAAAUCCGACUAGGAGUCUACCAACCCAGCAUCCCGACUAAGAAAGAGCAGAGACGGGACCGCUUGGUGACUAUGCACCACCCUGACUUCCAUGCGCAAUCUCUGAACCACGACCUGAUGCUGAUCAAACUGUCCAAGGCCGCCGCCAUCAACAGCCGUGUGGGGACCAUAGCAAUAGCCUUUGAGCCCAUGUCUUUCAAUGAGUCCUGCUUCAUCCCCACCUGGACCUGGAACGACUACAAAAACCUCAGUGACCCUGAUGUCCUGACAUGGAUCCACCAGCACUCUCUGCCCUUCAGGAAGUGCCAGGAGACACUCCUCCAGAGAAACAAGGGGAAAUUCAUGUGCGUGGGACAGCCUCUGAAGGUCUCCUCAAAGGUCAAGGAAGUUUCAGCUGCUCCGGCCAUCUGCAGUGGGCGACUGCAUGGAAUCUUGUCCUGGGCCAAGGGCAGCGUCACCCUGGGAAGUGAAGCUUUCUUCACGGAAGUUCAUCACUAUGCAAGAUGGAUCAUGAAUAUCAUUAAUACCCACUGA